UUUUUCAAUCUGUUGAUCCCUGGAAAAUUUUGCGUUGCUAAAUUUUGCGAACUGUUUGUUUGUUGGUAAAAAUAUCAUAAUAAAUGUUAAUUAUAGAUAAAAACAACAACAAAAAUAUAAUCAAAUUGUGAGAAUUUAAUAAUAUUCUUCAAGAAAUAGAGAUAAGAGGAACAGGAAUAAGUAACUGCAGAAAUCCUCACUAUAUAUAUAUAUGUUGUUUGAUUUUAAUUGUGAACUAAAAAUCAGAAUACAAAAUGAGUUCCUAUUCUCAUGCCGAUCCGAUUGCUCUAAGUUUCAAUGAGACCUGUUUAAGGACAUCCGAUGUUCAACUCUUAAGCGGUCCAUAUUGGUUAAAUGAUCAAAUAAUAUCAUUCUAUUACGAAUAUCUGGAGCGAGUAAAAUAUAAAAACAAUCCAGACUUGCUGUUUGUACCACCAGAAGUAACACAAUGCAUGAAGUUUUCCGAUGAUGGUGAAUUAGAAACGUUACUCAAUCAAUUGGAAGCUCCCAAAAAACCCUUUAUAUUCUUUGUACUCAAUGACAAUGAGUCAACAGAUGCAGGUGGUACGCACUGGUCACUGUUGGUGUUUUCACGGCCUGAAAAGACAUUUUUCCAUUUCGAUUCGUUGGGCAAUAGCAAUUCGAAUGCUUCGCAUCAGUUUGUGCAACGCAUUAAGGAUGCAUUAAAUUGUCGAAAUGCCCAUAUGAAACCCAUCCGUUGUCUGCAACAGGCCAAUGGCUAUGAUUGUGGAAUUCAUGUGAUCUGUAUGACCGAUAAUAUUGCCGACAAUGUCAAUCGAUUUGAAUGUGUUGAAGGUGUGGGGCCAUUACAUCAGGACACCAUAUCGGCCAAGCGCUCCGAUCUUAUUAAGCUAAUACAGUCGCUGGGCGGCAAAAUCUAAGUUUGUAUUUUAAGUGAUUUUUAAUAUUUGUAUUUCAUAUUGUAUUGAUUUUUAUUAUGAUUCGAAUUCAAUCGAUCAUUCAAUUACUCUUAGUUAGUUUGUAGUUUUCUUACAACACAAGUUAUAGUUAUGUAUGUUUGAUUAUACUCCUUCCAAUAGAAUGGACUUCCGUUGCGACCAAAUGAAUCAAAGCGCAUGGCGCGCAAAAUGAUUUUGCAUUGCAAGGGGCAUAUGUUUUAAUAUUUUUGGAUUAAAAAGUAUAAACACAAAAAAACGUGAAUUUCCUGCAUUUGAUUUGAAAUUAUAACCCAAUGAUAGUUUUGUAAGCCAUAAUUUUAGUUUCAAACUUAAACCCACACUAUCAACAAUAUAAGUAAACAUUUACCGAAAAAAACAGUUAUUUUCAUUAGAAUACAAGCAACCAAAAUAUAGUUUUUCGUUAUUUACAAAAGAAUGUUGUGAUAUGCUUUUAAAUUCUUUUGUUUUACUUUGAAUUUAUUCUUAUCAAUUUUUUUCUGUUCAAUUUUCAAAAGGAACGAACAUUAAUUUCCAGAUUUAUUGAGUGUGGGUUCAAGUUUGUGUAGAAAUUUCGAAUUUCAGAAAGAAAAAGUAACAUGUAACUCGUAAUGUUAAUAUAUAUAUAUACAACAACAACUAUUUACAUUUAUAUACAUACAUACAUAUAAAUAUAUAAUUACAAAUACCUACCUACCUUAAAAGCUUCAUUUUAAAUGAAAUAAAAAAACCUCACAUUUUCAAAUAAAAAUAUGAAA